AUGAGGCCGCCUUUUCUGCAGCAUAUUUAUCGAGUCCGGCAUCUAGUCGAAGUAGAAUCGAAGAAAGACCAGCAAAAUCCGGACGCAUUCAAGCCACGGCCAUCACUGUAACACUAUCUUUGUUUCAUAUUCUUGCUAGGGCCAGGAGCUGAUUGAACCAUCACCAUGGUUAGUGCCUUCAAUUAUCAUGUGAAAUUUGCUGCUAUACUUGAUUCCUCAUCACGUCACCACCAACACGUGAUGUGCAUUCCACUCUCCAUCCGACAUCAGAUACGAGGGUCCGGGUCAAACGAGUUUCCGCACAAGAGAUACAGACGAUUUAGGGCGCGACGUGCGUGGGGUAGAUACGUAUCCGGAAUCCAGCACUGAACUUUUCUACAGAAUGAUCAUGGGAAAGAUGCCGGUAUUGCUGAUGAAUUUCAUUAUCAUUUUCGGCUUUUUGAAGAUGUUGGUUCAUGUUAUUAAUGUAGAUCAUGCUUUGCUCGUGCAUGUAAGAAGAUGAGUAGAAUUAGUUUAUCUUGAUGAUUCUUCUAUAAUCAAUAUCUUGUUCGUCCUCCAGGACCCGCUUCCCGAGAGGUCCUCGCCUUCAAAGAGCCUUACAACUAGGCAAAGACCAAUGUCACAGAACGGACGGAGGCCCAUAGGGCCGAUGCCUGUGCAGACAUCGACGAGGCCAAAGAGUGCUCCUCUAGUCAACAACUCACAAUAAUAUAACCUCCAAAGUCGCAGAGGGAUAAAUUGCGAUUGGUACCACUUUACUCCUACUACUAUUUUUGAUCAUGUGCUGAUUUAGACUACAUAUCUUUAUCUAUGUACUACAUCUACAUCUACAUGUGGUUGUGGAUUAUAUUUUUCUCCCUUGCUUAAUAAGGCGGGCGAAGGCGAAGAGUGAUAGAUUUAAUUAUCGUUCAUUUCAAAAAUAUACAACAGGUGCGGCACCUUCACAACGCAACCAAUAGAGUUAGAGUUGGAGACGGAUAUGCCAGCAUCCGUUCAGCGAGCUUUAGACUCUACCGAGUUUGCGAAUGUCGCGUUGUCGGCACCCUCUGCCGAUUGUCUGAUCCCUGGUCCUAGAGGAAUUCCAGACGUCACGAACAACAAGAAGAAGAAAACGAGCAUGCAGAACCUGAAGACGCUGAUAGAAGCACAGAAUGAUGAUGUGAUUCGACUUGUGAUCAUUCGCUACUUACUUAGAUUAUCUAUGUAAGUAGAUAGUUAUUAUAUCCUUCCUUUUUCUUUUCCUAGUUAGCUUGGCUCCACCCAUAUAUAGAUAGUUAUUAUAUCUUUCUAAGUUAGAUAUUAUUAUAUCUCGGAGGAGGCUGUCUGUUUUAUAAUAGAGUAGUUUAUAGACGGAGGGAAGGUGGGCACGGUGCGCGACGCUGGGCCGCUGGGCGGCCACGCUUGGCCCGGUGGGCGGACCCUUGGCACACAUGGGGGGAACGGUGGGCGCACGCUGGGCGCGUAUAGCGUUGCCCCGCUGCUUCCGCCAAUGUACAACGUCGGAGCCGAGGGCGGCGCGGCGCUGUGCUCCUUUGCGGAGUGGCCACGCUCUCGCUGCUUGCGGUGCUUCGCUGCUGUAUGCCGUGCCGCCUGGGUGUGUAGAGUGCGGCGCAGCGCUGCAGUGUGCCUCUUCAGUGCUCUGCUGCAAUGUGCGGCCAGUUCUGCUGAGGGGUAUUCCCAGGCGGGCCAGUAGGUGGGCGCCCCGAUUCGUAUGCAGCUUGCUGCGGAUCCAGGGCGCAUGCGCUUACUCUGCCAGGGGGCUUCAGAAAUGGGCGCGCGGAGGGCGUUCCGAUUUUUGACCCCAAGUAUCACGGUGGGCGCACGGUGGGCGACAUCUUUCGCAGAAGGCCCACUUUUGGGCCGCCCAGCGGCCCAGCGUGCCAAGCGUGCCCACCGAUCCAAUCCUGGGGAGGGAAUAAACUUUCCUAUUAUAAUUUUUGGAGGUCACCUUCAUUCCGACUACAGCUGAUUCUUCCUUUUCUGCGAACUGACGUCUACUUUAUUUGUUAUUUGCCUAUGCUGUCCCGCAAUCCCACCCUCCACCGUCCCUUCACAACCAGGUGUGCCAACCGUCGUUGCUCGGUGCUGUAGCUUUUCUUGUAUGUAUAGCUGGAACACGAAGAAUUCCCCUACUUAUUUGCGUUCCAGACGCCAUCUUCAAAUUGACCUGAUGCAACGAACGGCACGAAAGGAGACAGGGGAAAGAUUGCCGGAUGUGGCGUUUCAUAAAACGAACUGAUAGAAUUAGAAGGUGGACGAAGAUGUUUCUCCACAAUGUCUUCAAUCUUGACAGUUGAACUCGAUCUCGAAAUAUCAUCCUUGAUUGUACUAGUGAACGAUAUUGUUCCCAUUAUACAAAUGUAAAAAAGUGGCCCAUAUCAAUCUUGUCGAACUAACUGUUUCAAAUCUUCAUGCGGUUGGUAGCCCCGACAGAGAAAACAAGGUCACGCCCUCUUCAUGACCUAUCUCCAUUACGUUGAGUCAUAAGUGUGGUUAAGACGAGUAAACACGUAUAAUUCAAUCAUCGACAUGGACAUAAACAUCCCACCGGUAGUACUAUUUCUACGUCGAUGCCGCAUAAGAGACCUCAUCUCCUUCCCCCAUCUUCCCUAAUCACGGAUGCUACAAGUAGUCUUUGUUUACGCCCAUUCAAUGACUUUUUAUUUACUCAUGGCGAUUACGAGAACUAGUACUUACGUACUACAUGAUGUUGAACUUUUACCUGAACUGUUCUUUCCUUUGUAAUGAUUAACGAACCACAUUAAUGUCCACAGUACUAGACUUCGACUUUGACAAAUAUAUAUGACAUAAAUGAUCUUGAUGGUAAAUGAACUAGGUAACAAACUAAAUCAUACCUACAACUAUACCUUAUCCUUACAGUUUGUUACUUUUUCUGUGCGUAAUAUUAAUCUUCAAUCUUUUUUACUGCUACAACAGGGCAGGCUACUUACCACUUGCUGGAACAUGGAUAUUUACGUUGACUUUGAUGUUCAACACAUGUUGAAACAGUACUAGAGUUCCAUUUUCCUUCCUUCCCAGUUUUUCAGAUGAGCUAGUAUUUCACUCUUGUGCGUGAGAUUGUCUAAGACACUUACUUCGUAGCCCCUGGUGAUGAAGAUGUUGAAUUUGAAACAGC